UAACAAAACGUUAGUUUCUAGCAGACCGCACGUGUUGAUAUUGUUUUCUUUAUUUUACCCUCUAUUAAUUUCAAACAUUUAAGCAUGUCAGAUUUCGAAAUGGAGGACAGUGCCUCGGGUUACGACUCGGGAGAUAAUUCAGACGCGGAGCUGCAAGCGGCUUUCGAGCGAGGCGACUUAAAACCAGGUCUUAACGUGGAGUUUAAUGGACAGAGAGAUAGGGUGAAUGAUGUGACCGCACUGCUGGCCAAAACAGAGGCUAUCAAACUUCAGCUUCCAUGGCUGGAGCGCCUGGACAUGAUCAACUCUUUGGCUCCUCUGGCCCCAGAACUCGCUGUCCAGCUAGAGAAGCACGAGCAGAAGCGGGCCAAUCUCUUCAAAGGAAACGCUAAGCUCCCCUACAUUCGUCCCGAUGAGGAUCCCGUCCUAAAUGAUUUCAAGAGGGAGAUGCUCUUCCACCGACAAGCGCAAAGUGCCGUUCUGGAGGCCAUUCCCCGCCUUCACGAGCUCGGCAUCAAAACCCGACGCCCCGACGAUUACUUUGCAGAAAUGGCAAAGUCCGACGAGCACAUGCAAAAGGUGCGUGCCAAUCUGAUGGCCAAACAGCAGGGACAGGCCAAAUCCGAGCGCAUUAAGCAGAUCCGUGAACAGCGCAAGAUGGGCAAGAUGCUGGCCAAGCAAACGAAGGUUCAGCGCGAGGCCGAGAAGAAGGACAUGCUCGACAAGCUUAAGAAGUUCCGAAAGGGCAAGCUGAAGAACCUGGACUUCCUCGAGGAUGCCAAGGCCCUGGAAUCCAAGCAGAAGCAGUCCGCCGAGAAUCGCAAGAAGCGCAACAAGAAGUUCGGCUUCGGUGGCAAGAAGAAGGGCCUCAAGCGGAACACCAAGUCCUCCUCCGCGGGAUUGGAUGGCGAGAAGUCCUCGCGUCGCCAGCGGGGCGUUAAGGCGGGCGCUUCAGUUAACAAGCGGCUGGGCAAGUCGAGGCGCAUCAAGGCCAAGGGCAGAAAGUAAACAGCUUUCCUUAGGGAUUGCCGACUAAUAAUUAGGCCACCAAACUUUAGUUUUAAUUGCCCCAAGUUGUGUAUAGAUUUUUAGAACCGUAAAUACAUACAAUUUUAUGUGCA